AUGCUUGUCGUUUGCUGCUACGCAUUCCUCCAACCUCGCAUUACCAAAUCGGACAAAUCGGCAACUUUCCAAAAUCUUCUGUAUUUUUGCGCCAUUAAAGCGCAGUGCUGGACAGUCGCUUUCGAAUACGUGCGCUGGUACCAUAGUCUGACUAAUACGGCGUAUCAACUAACCUUACCUAACGGCCGAGAGGUGCUCUCAAGACGGUUAUUUAAUGCUAUGAAUUACGUCUUCGUUCAUUCGCAAAAUGUAUCUUAUCACCGAUACGUGAUGAGAACACUAUCGAAGUCUCCAGGAAACUAUGCUCUUCAAAUCAUCUCAGGAAAUAAUUCUCUUAUAACGGGAACUUAUCGGCAUGCUCUAGGUGAGUAUCUGCGUGUCUGGAAUCAGAAUAAGAACAAUCCUUUGGUUUGUUUGCUGUUGGCGUUGACGUUCACUCACAUGUCUUGCAAAAAAGAUCUCAGCAGCAGACAUAUGAUUGCAAUCCGAGUAAGUCUACUUAAUUGUAUGAAAAUAAAAGCCUGAAA